AUGUUGUAAAAGUGCAGCAGACUUUAAACAUUUGCACCGUCCAAUGGAUCAAGGCGAGCUUGUCAUGUGUGAAGAAAUGGCAGGUGACGCAUCCGACCCUUCUUUGCCCCCAAAUCGUCCUUUGUUCUGUGAUGAGCCAGACGAGACCAUCUAUACUGAGCUCCGUACUGUAGAAGGCGAGGUGGAUGGGUCGGGUGUGUGGUUCCCCAUUGGGAAGAGGCUGGAGUUUCCAAAUUUCAUGAGUCUGACGACUUCCACCCUAGAGUGGAAUUCUCCCGGUUUCAUGAUGCCGUACAGUCAAGGCCUGUCUCUCCCUUAUGAAUGGGGUGCAAGUCCUUUUAAUUAUCACCCGUAUGAAGACCCAACAUUGAUGAUGGACUCGACUGUUUCCGUAGAAGACGUGAGAAUUGACAAUCUGAAUAAAAUUGAGGAGCAAAGUCCACUUCCGUCUAUUGCUGCCACAUCAGCAAUCAAAUCCCACUCAAGAAAAAGAUCUUGUGAGGAUCAACACGAUGGAAAGAGACGUGAACAGUACAUCAAAAAGCCGCUAAAUGCCUUCAUGCUGUUCCGGCAGGAGCAGAGGCCUAAGGUGGUGGCCAUGCUCAAAAUUCGGAACAGCGCUGAUGUCAACAAAGUGAUCGGACAGAUGUGGAAGUCACUGACAAAAAGGGAGCAGAGGAAAUACUACGAGCUCGCUGAUGCUGCCAAAAAACUUCACACCCAGCAACAUCCUGAUUGGUCUUGCACUGAAAACUACGGUAAAAAACGUAAACGGCAGAGGGUCAAAGAUGGCACCAACUCUAAAGUAGAGGAUACUUGCCAGGCUGUCAGCCCAGACGAAGCGUCAGUUGAGUGUGACGCAAGAAAGCAGGAGAGUCAUCACACUGUGGCCAUGGCUCAAAAUCAGCUGAGAAGGAUGCUGGACUUCAUGCUUUAAACGAAACAAUUCUGCAGCUUUUUCUUUAAGGCUAAAUGAAACCGUUAUAAAUGAUUUGAUUCAUAAUAUUUAUUAUUGUUGCAAAAAGCACAACGAAACUUAGUUUGGAGCAUCCAUACAACUAAGUUGGUAAAGUGCAAAACCCAUAUAAUAAAUUGGUGUUGUCUUGGUAAAUAACAAAGGCAGCGCAUCAAUUUCAGUUUCAAUUAUGUUGUUCAGAGAAUAGAAUUUUUUAAUUUUUACUAAUAAAAGUUCUAUUCCUCUGUUA